CCCACUUCCAGCUCGGCCCCGCCGCUUCCGCCGUGCCCCGGUGCCGGCCCCGCCCCGCGGCGGCGGCGGCGCGAGGAUGAGCGGGCGGCGGGUGGACGCGAAGGUGGUGCUGCUGGGGCAGGAGGGCGUGGGCAAGAGCAGCCUGGUGGAGCGCUGCGCGCACCGCCGCUUCCGGCCCGGGCCCUACCAGAACACGAUCGGGGCCGCCUUCGUGGCCAAGGUGAUGUCUGUGGGGGACCAGACAGUGACCCUGGGGAUCUGGGACACGGCCGGCUCGGAGCGGUACGAGGCCAUGAGCCGCAUCUACUACCGCGGGGCGCGGGCUGCCAUCGUCUGCUAUGAUCUCACCGACAGCGGCAGCUUCCAGCGCGCCAAGUUCUGGGUGAACGAGCUGCAGAACUGCGAGGAGGGCUGCCGGAUCUACCUGUGCGGUACCAAGAGCGACCUGCUGGAGGAGGACAGGAGGAAGCGGGGCGUCGACUUCCACGAUGUGCAGGACUACGCUGACGAGAUCAAGGCUGAGCUUUUCGAGACCUCCAGCAAGACAGGACAGAGUGUGGAUGAGCUGUUCCAGAAGGUGGCUGAGGACUACAUCCACUUCACCGCCUUUCAGGUGAUGACAGAGGACAAGGGGGUCGACCUGGGCCAGAGGAGCGGUUCCUACUUCUACAGCUGCUGCCACCACUGACACCUCCUGUCGGAAGGGAACCACUGCUGCCGCCCGGUGUGCGCUGGCUGGGCUCCGGUUUUUUACCUGCUGUGUUUUAGCUCUAUGGGCCCCUCUGCAACGUGGCAGCAGCCACAUGGACUGCUCUGAGCAGCGGAGGCUGUGCUGUGGUGCUGGGACCUGCAGCCGGCAUCCCUGGGGACCCUCUCCCUGCCACCUGGAACUGCAGGAGCCGCUUCCUCGAGUCACUGCUGGGGCCUGGCUGUGGCUGUUAACUUAUUCUCUUGGAGAUGCUGCCUGAUUCUUUGCAGAUUUAUUUAAGCGUCUUCUCUCGAGAUGUACGAUGUAAAUAAACGCAUUGUGGUCUGAGCCAGUG